AUGAAGGUCACGGUGACACGGACAUGCCGUGAGACCAUGGAGCGCUUGCAGGUGAAGCCACACGAGCAGCUCAUGAACGAAGGGCUUUUGGUGGAGUUUUCACGCCGGUCCAAGGGCGAGGCCAUCUUUGUGUCGCACCAGUGGACUUCGCUGGGCCAUCCCGACCGCUCAGGGGAUCAGUUCCGCGUGCUCCAGGAAGCUCUCAAGCAGGGAGUGCAUGGCAAGCAGCGUUGCAUCCCUGCUGAGCUGCUGAAUCUGAAGGUUCCGCGCCACGCGAAGUCGCAGGAUGAGCUGUUCAUUUGGUAUGACUUCUUCAGCUGCCCGCAGGACCCGGCCUAUGCAAGUUCUUUGAACUUAGCCAUCAACAGCAUUCCAGCAUACAUCGAGCGGUGCAAGUACUUUGUGAUCCUUUCACCGUUUGUGCGGCAUGAAAAUGGCAAGCUCUUGGGAAAACACUCCUGGUCUGACCGGGCUUGGUGCCGGAUGGAACGACUGUCCAGGGCCCUGAGCAAGCAUGAAGAUGCGGGGGUGAUGAUCGAGGUGCAAAGUCCUCAACACCAGAUCUUGGCAGCUACCUUCGACUGGGUGAAAUAUCCCGUGGGCGAAGGCGCCUUUAGCGUCGCCUCUGAUCGGGCCAAGGUGGGCCAGGCAGUGAGAGCUUUAUUGCGGGAAAAGAUGAACUACUACCUUAACACAGGCCUAAAUGAAGAGUUAGUGGAUGACCUGAUGAUCAUUGAGGAAGGCCUAGAUGUUGUCACGAAGUUCAUGCGACAGAAUGGCCUCAGCACGUUGGAGCGUCAACCAUCGGGCUGGACCCCCAUGUGCUAUGCAGCCCUGUCUGGAGACACCGAGCUUGUAUCCGCUUUGUUGCAGGGCCGGGCAGAUGUGAACGACAAGAUCACGAAGCAUGAUCGCAUCAUGCAAUUCGCGCCGAACACCACCAUCCUGGACAUUUGCUGCUUCCUGAAACACAACGAGUGCUUGAAGCUGCUGUUGGAGGCACACGCCGAUUGUAGCAGGAAGGACGGCUAUGGCGCGAUGGCAUCUCACUGGGCAGCUGUGAGACCCAACCCCGCCGGGCUUCGCAUUUUGAAGGAUCAACAAGCUCGCACGCUCAUGAGCCCCAACAUCUUGGGACUGGCGCCCAUCGACAUGGCCGCUGCAGGAGGACAUGCCGAAAGCAUUCUGGAGCUUCUGGAUUGCGGCGAGCUGAACCUCAACCUGGCCCUGCAUGUGUCGAUCCUCCAUGGAGCACCAUCUCCGGAGGCCGUCGCCACCCUCAUCGAGGCAAAAGCAGAUAUCGAUCAUCAGCUUAGCUUCAGCAGUCUGAGUCCUUUGGGCCUCUUUUUUCGCUUCCUGAAGCUCCGGCACUAUUGGAAGUCAUCGAUGUUGAGUACCUAUGCCUACCACCACUCGAAAGCAACGCCUUUGAUGCUAAGUAUUUGCAGCCAGUCCUACGUGGCCACAGCGAUGCUAGUUGCGGCGGGCGCGCGCUUGGAACUGACGAAUAGUCAUGGCUGCACUGCGGCAGACUUGGCGGAGCGCACCUUGGCCCCUGAGUGGGUUCUCCGUGCCGUGAAGGGGGAGCCACACUUUGUGAGAGCUUGCGAGGAUAUGGUGGAGGAGCAGGGUGCGAAGCUUUGGUUCCGUAUCUGA